AUGGCGCCUUUCACCACCAACCCGGUCGACACCACCAACACAUUGCGCACCCUACUCAGACGGGCCUCAUUGUGCGACUCGUACACACCAUGCCAGCCGCACCGAACAGCAGUCCUCAUCGUCAUUAUCUCAAUCGGCUUCCUCACCAGCUCCAUUCUACUCUUCUACUACCUGCGCAAGCGAACAUCCGUUCACCCAGGCCCAACACGCUUCAAGCCCGGCCUGGUGCACCCGCACAGGAUGCCCAGGAAGCGCGAAUCAACCACCCAGCGACGCGACGAUGAGGACCCGGGUCUGGAGCUUCCGAGAUACGAACCACAAUACGAUGCGCCGCCGCCGUAUGUCUGUGGCCUGGCCCGUCCGGAGGAUGUACAUGUCCAUGGUGCGAGGACGAACAGUUGA